AUGGAUAUUGACAAAAAUAAUAAAAUAUUUACAGAACUUUAUACAAAUAUAAAACAACAAGCUGAAAAAUCUUUAACAAAUCUUGUUGAACAUGCAUAUGAAAUAGAAAAUUUUCUAAAAAAGAAUUUUUUUUCAAAUAAUGAAAUAAUCAUUAUGGAAAAUUUGAAUUCAUCAAAUCAUCAUUUGAAUUUAAUUAUUCAACCUGUUCAAAAUUAUUUACGUGAUUUUAUUGAAAUAGUUGAACAUUUAACAAUUUGGCUUGAAUUAGAAAUUCCAUCUUAUAGUGAUAUUAAUGAUUUUUGUAUUAUUGUACAGAAUGAAAUACUAGAUGAAAUAGCUUCAAUGAAAUCAAAUUGUAUUGCUUAUAUGAGUCAAAUUGUAGAUUAUCGUGAACAACGUGCUUUAGCUAAUAAAGAAUUAUUUAAACGACCACAAUUUGAUGAUAAUUAUCAUUUAAUCUCUAAUCUUGAUUAUCAAUUAUAUAGAAAUUUAAAAUUAAUGCUUAUGGAUAUUAAAUCUUAUAUUUUACGAAUAUGUAAUAUAUUAACAAAAAAUAAAGAUUUAUUUAAUAGACAAUCAUUUCAUCAUCAACAUGUUAAUAAUUAUUUUUAA